AUGCUUCCGCAAAUCCCGACAAAUGCAACGUCGCUCACGACAAAGGAGAGGCACUAUGCGCAACUCGCAGCAAAGCUAGGGACGCUAGCCAAUUCGUUCGAGAUCACCAAGCAGCAUCUCAAUCUGGCAGCAGAGCAAGCUUUCUACAUGCGCAAACUUGGGAUUGCGCAAGCAUCCACAUUCAUGGCAGUGCUCCAUGAAGUCGAUCGGGAGCAAGAUGCACAUUCCACUGAUGAGGCGCCGCAGUAA